AUGGCUGGUCAAACGUUGGCAAAUAAUAAUUUGGCGCUAAGGGCGGGAACUAGUACCGUUCCACAGUCUUCCCCGGCCGUCACGAGGUCGUUAGAUCCAGAGUUCGAGGCGGAAGGGCCACCUCCAGGUUUUGACAAUAUCACCACCGUCUCUUCCCAGACUGUGGUUACAAACCCUUUCCUCUAUAUGUCCUCACAAACACCACCAAGGAGGAUGGAAGGGACUGGCGGUAACACAUUCGCUCCGGGAACAACUGUUUUUUCACAGGCUUCACGCCUCUACUCCACUCCUGUUAUCACCUCGGCGAGCCCCAGUAUCUUAGUGUCAGAAACCAGUACGCCUCAAUACUACCAGCCAUUGGUUUCUAACCCAAUGCCGCCGCUAUACUCAGCCGCGCUUACGGCGGCGCUAUCUACACCACCUCACCAGCCGGUUAUCAUGCCAACGGGGGUAAUGAAUGCCCCUGUCACACCAGGAAAUCAGAUGUAUUUCCCGGGGUAUUGCUAUGCGCCCCCAUUCGGGUAUUUACCCUCAUACGGGGGAACAGCGUAUCCGUUUCAGGGAACAGCGCAAGGAAGCUCUCAAUCGCCGUACGCGGCUUACAUGCCGCCAUGGUGGAAUUUUCCAACUCCACAACCAAUGUAUACCCAAGCGCCAACUGAACCUGUGCACGACAGAGAAAACGCGGUCAGACCCCGGGUGACCCCUUUGGAAAACUCCAGUCUGGGGGCAGGACCUGCCCCGGGUAUGAAUGUUCCACCUGCACAACCCGUGAAUGUGGAAGAAGACGAAUUAACCAAACCAUACAAACCGGUAGACGCGACGUUCUGA